UCUACGUCAUCGCCAACUUCCUUGUUUUAGUUGUUCACGGAAGUGAAGAACGUAAAGUCCCUCGAAUAUACUUUAAUGACGAGUAACUCUCAAUGUAUCUUUGCGUUAACAUCACAUAACAUGGCGGGCUGGGGCGCGGUGUCUUUCCUCGUCUGCCUGCUGUCCACCCAAGUCUCCACAGCAAAAUACCAACCCGACUGGGAGUCCAUUGACUCCAGGCCGCUGCCAGAUUGGUAUGACCAGGCCAAGUUUGGCAUCUUCAUCCACUGGGGGGUCUUCUCUGUGCCCAGCUUCGGCAGCGAGUGGUUCUGGUGGUACUGGCAGGGUGAAAAACAAAAGCCGUACGUAGACUUCAUGCAGAAGAAUUACCCUCCUGACUUUAAGUAUCGAGACUUUGCCCCUCGCUUCACCGCAGAGUUCUUUGACGCCAAGGAAUGGACGGACAUCUUUGCGUCGUCUGGAGCCAAGUACAUCGUCCUGACCACCAAGCACCAUGAAGGUUUCACGCUGUGGGGCUCCACAACUUCCUGGAACUGGAAUGCGGUGGAUGUGGGACCCAAACGGGAUCUGGUGGCGGAGGUGGCGAGCGCCCUGCGUGCAGGCAGCGACCUCCGCUUGGGGCUUUACCAUUCGCUGUUCGAGUGGUUCAAUCCGCUCUUUGAGUCGGACGCCGCCAAUAAUUUCACCACAAAUCUCUUCCCGUCUUUGAAAAGUCUCCCCGAGCUCUACGAGAUCGUCUCCAAGUACGAGCCGGAUGUGCUGUGGUCCGACGGGGACGGCGACGCGCCGGACAAGUACUGGAACAGCACCGGCUUCCUCGCCUGGCUGUACAACGACAGCCCGGUGCGGGACACCGUGGUGACCAACGACCGUUGGGGUCGCGGCUCCAUCUGCACCCACGGCGGCUUCUACACCUGCGCCGACCGCUACCAGCCAGGUCACCUGCUGGCGCACAAGUGGGAAAACUGCAUGACCAUCGACACCAAGUCAUGGGGCUACAGACGCAACGCCCCGCUCAGCGACUACCUCGCCAUCGAGCAACUGGUGGCGGUAAAAACGCCGGCGACCUACUCGGUUGGUACAGCUGAACAUUCCCUCUGUGUGUGUGUGUGUGUGUGUGUGUGUGUGUGUGUGUCGCAGACGUUGGUGGAGACGGUGUCCUGCGGCGGGAACCUGCUCAUGAACGUGGGCCCCACGCUGGAGGGGAGGAUCGCCCCAAUCUUUGAGGAGCGUCUGCGUCAGAUGGGGCGCUGGCUGGGCGUCAACGGCGAGGCCAUCUACAACAGCAGCGCCUGGCGGGCUCAGAACGACCGUGUCGCCACCGCCGUCUGGUACACGUCCAAACUGACGGAAAAGCUCGUCUUUGCCAUUUUCCUGGCGUGGCCCGCUGACGGAGCUUUGAUUCUCAGUGAACCAGAGGUCACACCAGGUGACACUCAGGUGGAGCUGUUGGGUCACGGCGCCGUGCAAUGGGAACCCAUGAGGGACCGUGGACUUCGGGUCCUUCUGCCUCAGCUGUCCUUCAGCCAGAUGCCGUGUCAGUGGGCCUGGACCCUCAAGCUGACAGGGGCCGAGUGAAGAAGACUGGAAAACCACAACCUGGCAGAUAAUGUGGAAAAUAAAAAAAACUUCUUUUGGACCUUUUUGUACUGUACUACAUGUGAAAUGUUUCCAAGGCAUGUUAUGUUUUAUUUUAGUGUUUAUUAUCUUAGAAAUGUCUUGAUGUUGGAAAUGUGGUUAUUGUUUUCUAAAUGUUUUUCUCACCAUCAAGUCUUAUGUAUUACGUUUUUUUUCAUCUUAAGUGUGUUUAAUGUUAUAAACACACUUUUUUAAUACUUUAUAAAUGUCUUUUGGACCA